CCGACGGAGCGGAGACCCAUCAUCAUCUGAACCAGUCAACAAGAUCAAAUGUCUCGACGCGUGGUCGGACGUUGACUGAAUCGGGGUCCAUGUGCCAGGGCGGCCGUGCACUCAAUCGAUCGAGCCCCAGCCAAUUUCUUCCACUGUUCCGUGCAUUCAGUGCUCCUCGCUCAAGAGUGAUUGGCGCGCGAGCUGGUCGUCACCAUCGCGCGUGGCUGCCAACUGACAUGCUAGCCGCCUUCACCGAAAGAUGGCGUGACGUGACCAUUCAUUCACCGCUACGGAGCAUGCUGGCGGCGUUGGCGGCGUUGGCGGCGUCGACGACGAAAGACGACGUCGACAUUCGACUUGUCCUCACCGGCCUUGAGGACCCGCUCACUUGUCGAUGCACAUCGUCGUAUGCGAUCAGACCCCGCGAAGGAAGCGUCAAGCAGGGCCGAGACGUGACGGCAUCUAGCUCUGCGCCAGUGAACAGGGUUCAAUCGAAUCGAACCUCGUGCUUGCCCUGCGAGAAGCAGUCGCCGCUGCGUGGCUCCGCCGGCCAACGUUAGCCGCCCCCCAGCUAGGCGAGUUUGGGCUGGCAUGUUGAUGCAUUGUCGC